UAGAUUUGUUUGUAAUCCGGGUUAAAGAGACGCUCUGACAACAUCAACUUGAGAAGAUGGGAACAGAAUAUAUUGGAAAAAUUGCCCCUUGUUUUACACAUUUGAUAGAUACGGUGAUCAGAAAUGGGAAGAUUGGAAUAUGCGGUGCACAUGUGCGCAUAUCGGACAUCAGAACUGGGUCACUAAGUACUUCAAAGAAGCCCAAUGGUGACAGAUUUCAGGUGCUACUUCCCUUUGCAGGCCAGACACUACAAUGGGAUGUAAUUUUCGACUGUAACUAUCCCCAGGACCCUCCAGAUUUUAUCUUUUCAACAGAUGACAAUGACUUUUGUCCCUAUGAGGAGGAUGUCAAGAGUUUGGUGAACUGGGACUACAAUGACCCCAGUAGUCUACUGAAUGUCCUGAAUGAGUUGUUGGUCUUGUACCGUGAACACCAUCAGCGCCGGAUAGAGGCCCACUCUCGCCUUCAGUUUGAGUACUCCUCUCUUAUUGACCAAGCCAACCUAGCACCAGAAGACAUUGAGAUAUUCGUACACAAAGCUGAGGCCAAGGUUGGUCCAGUCGUGUUUCUGGUCAAAAUGUCAGUAGAUUUUACAAAGAUCCCAGCUUACCUAACCAAGGACAAUCCUGGAGAGGACUCAGCCGUUUUACUAGUCAACUUCCCCUCCCCCAACACUUCACGGAUAAGUCCCCAACUGUACCUCUCACCUAGAGUAGAAAAUGCCCUUGGAGGGUCGGCUAACCUGAGGAUUCCUCCCUAUCCCAGUGGUGGCUGUCUGCUGGAUUAUGUUCCAAAUGUCUGUGAACUUUUACAGAACAAGGUGGACCAGAUAUCAAAUGUUCACGAGAAGAAGAAAGAGUACAUAGCUGCCUUUCUCAGUACCUUUGGCAGAUCAGUGUUGGAAUAUGACGCAGAAGUAUUUACUAGGAUUUCAUUUCUUUUUGAAUGGAAUGAUUUCUUCUUCAUACUUUAUGUGGAGCUGCCCUCAUUCUUCCCCCAGGAGCCUCCCAUCUUUACUUUCCAGUCAAUCUACCACGAGUCCAAAGGCAAGCCAUACACCGAGACGUACAAUGACUACCCAUACAGCCCUCGCUGGACUGCAAACAAAAUGGCAGAGAAAGCAAGGGAAUACAUCCUAUGUAGUAUUGGAACGUUCCAGAAAUCCUCAGUCCACAGUGGUUCUCUAUAGACCAACACGUGCUCAACUAAGUGACAAAAUAUGCGUGCUCAACUUAUUGACAGUAUAUUUUUUCUAUCAUCAUCAUGAUGUCAAGUAUGAAAACCAUUGUUUUGCUGCUUUCCUAUUUGGACCUGUAUACUAAAAGGACAUUGUGUUGUUUCAAUAUGCCAUUUUUUGUGACAAGUAGCUCUUUCGGGAAAAGUGCAUUCUUCAUGAAAUGAAAAUGUUCAUAGAAAGUCAGUUCAGAUACUGUAUAGUAUUACCUACAGAGAUAAGCAAUUUGUUAUUUCAGUCCUUUUUUUCUGCUUUACACAUAUAUUUAUGUACCUCAAGAAUGUGGAAAGCUUGCUUCAUUGUAUUCUGUAAUCAUUAAAGUUAUGUUAUUAAGAAAUCUUAUAUUUUCUUUAUCAUCUGUAUAUAGCAAGGAAAAACAUUGCAUUCAAUCUUCCUCCUGACAAAUUGUUUAUCAUAAAAUGAACAAAAGUCCAUAAUACUGUACAGAGUGGAACAGAGGACCCAAUUUUAGCAUGUGAAGCUCCAUCAUCCAGGGAGGUCACUAGUAAAAAAAAUAGUUUUGUUAACUGUAGGUCACAAGAAUAUAUGAGAUCUCCCAUGGAGGACAAUAUGAUGUGCAGUGAGGGCCAUAAUUGUACACAGGGAGGUACAAGUGAGCAAAGGGCCAUAAUUGUAUGUACACAGGGAGGUACAAACCCAAUUUCAGUAUGCAAUACUCGGCCACACCAAGAGAUAUCGAGGUUCCCCAAAGAGUGAUGGUUGGUAAUCAUACCUCGUGUCUUUAUACAAUUUGAAAAGUAACUAACGAGAGUUAAAUAAACAUGAUAACCAACCGUCAGAAGUUUGGGGAUCGUUUUCUCCCACAA